GAUAUACAGGUGCCGAAUGCGUCUAUAUUUACGAUAAACAAGGAGGACCAUACACUUGGGAACAUGAUCCGCGCGCAGCUACUUAAGAUAUAAUCAAAUAAGACAACUCGCACAGACAAAUGCAUCGUACCUUUAUGCUAAGCAUUAGAUUCCUGUAACAGAUCUGAGAAGAGCCAGUCGUUAAAGAUACGGGCACAUCCUUAUCAACAAUACUGUCGUUUUCUCGAAGAAAGCUACGAACAAUUUGAUGUAGGACGCCCAUCCGGUAAUGGUUGCUGAAAACGGUCAGUGUUAGUCCGUGCCACAGUCGACUACGGUCCCAUUAUUUAGGCCGAACCUUCAUCCAUCAUCCAUGUCAAGCAAAGGCUUCGGUGCAUUUAAGGCGCCAAAAGGAUUGGAUAGACUUCGCGGUUACGUAUGUGCCUUAAAGGGUGAUCCCGCUGAGUUAGAGGAGUGCCGUUCUAAGAACAAAGGUAAAUGGUGCACUUGUCGCCGGUUAGCAGACCAUGUUAAACCACUUAUAGGAAGAAAACUCGGGAUGUUUUUGCCCAAGUGCGACAAAUACUAUUCAAGACUAUUCGACCGCAAACAAUGUUACAACCUCGAUGCGGAAUGCUGGUGCGUCAAUCCAAAGACAGGCCGAAUGAUCGAAGGUACCAAAGUCAAGGGCAAACGCAUGAAUGAGCUGGACUGCUGGCCAAAAAUGAAUAAAAUCAGAGAGGAGCUCUGAAAGUAGUAUUGAAAACAUGCAAAGAAUUUAUCAGAAUGACCGGAAGUUAUCAGAAUUAAAGCAAAUGAAAACGGUGGGUGUGAAUCACUCACUACUAUCUCUUCUGAUUUGUGCUACGUGCUAGCAUCAUUUGGACGUAACUGAAUGCCGAUGAUCACUGGGCCAAUUUCUUUAAUUACACAAAUGUCAACUAAUUACUUGCACUUCUUUUUAUCGAUAAAGCUUCGUACAACAAACCCAGCACGAGGCAAUCAUAGAUAAUUGGCGGCAACCGUAAUCGGCAAUAUAUAAUUUUAUACGUUAUUAUAGUGUAUACAAUUAUGUCAAAACUGGAAGCUGAAUCAGCGUAAAGAGGUGGUACUAACAGGCGAAAUCAGUCAACUUAUAAGAAUCGCGUUUGUUCAAUUUCUUCGGUUAAACGUUAGGUGACUCGCUAUCAAAAAAGGACCCAUUGAAACAAGAACUUUUAACGCCUAUGAGGAUGCGUCGCUUUGUAUGCAAUAGAAUGACAACA